AUGGCGGAUGCUAAACAGCUUCACGUAGCCAUGUUUCCAUGGCUGGCCUUUGGCCACAUGAUUCCAUACUUUGAACUCGCCAAACGCAUUGCUCAAAAGGGUCACAAGUCUUUCAUUUCAACUCCAAGAAACAUCAAACGACUCCCUAAAAUCCCUCCAAAUUUAUCUUCCUUGAUGAACUUUGUGAGCUUCAGUUUACCCCAUCAAGAUAAUCUUCCAAAAGACGCAGACGCCACAAAUGAUUUGCCACUUCACAAAAUCCAAUAUCUUAAAAUUGCCUGUGAUAAACUCCAAGAUUCUUUGGCUGAAUUUUUACAAAAAUCAAACCCAGAUUGGAUUAUUCACGAUUAUAUCGCUUCCUGGUUACCACCAAUAGCAGCCAAGCUGGGAAUCUCCAGCGCCUUCUUCAGCAUUGUCCAGGCUUGGACUCUCUGUUUCUGUGGAUCAUCAUCAUCGGCCUUGAUCAACGGCGAGGAUCCACGGACUAAGCCGGAAGAUUUCACUGUUCCUCCAAAAUGGGUACCAUUUGAUACCAGCGUAGCGUACCGACUCCACGAAGCGAAGAAAUUUUUUGAUCAUUAUGAGAUGAACGAUUCGGGAGUCAAAGAUAUGGUUCGCCUGGGGUCCGUAAUGGCGGGUUGUGACGUGAUAGCUGUAAAGAGCUGCAUGGAGAUUGAAUCAGAGUGGAUAAACCUCCUGGGAGAACUGCAUGGUAAACCAGUUCUGCCCGUGGGUCUGUUGCCGCCUGCGGCUCCUGAUAGCAGAGACGGUAAGGAAGACAAGACGUGGCUUACAAUCAGUGAGUGGUUAGCGAAGCAGAUGUCAGGGGCGGUUAUUUAUGCAGCAUUUGGAAGCGAGUUGACUUUGAGUCGAAAUGAGUUGACUGAGUUGGCUCUGGGGCUCGAGUUUUCCGGGUUACCUUUCUUUUGGGCGCUGAGAAAUCGGGAUGACUCGAUAGUUCUUCCAGAUGGGUUUGAGGAAAGAGUGAAGGGAAGAGGAGUGGUGUGGACGAGUUGGGCCCCUCAACUCAGGAUAUUAGCUCAUGAAUCGGUGGGAGCGUUCUUGACUCACUGUGGAUUUAGCUCAAUUACAGAGUCGCUUUAUUAUGGACAUCCACUGGUUCUGCUACCUUUCUCCAUUGACCAGGGGUUGAUUGCUAGGGUUUUUGCAGAGAAGAAGGCAGGGAUAGAGAUAGCGAGAAAUGAGGAAGAUGGAGAAUACACAAGGAAGUCGGUGGCGGAGGCGUUGAGGUUGGUGAUAGUUGAAGAAGAAGGAGGAAUUUACAGAGAGAAAGCCAAGGAAUUGAGGGUUUUAUUUGCAGAUGAAGAACUCCACGAUGAGUACGUUAAAAAAUUUGUUGAGUUUCUGCAGAAUCAUAAAUAA